UCUAACAUAGGCAAGAGUUUACGUCCGGAAACAUUCUGUUCGGCCCAUUCGGUUUUCGCUAUGGAAUUUACUGAUAGCAACGACAGCAAUAAAGGAACCGAUUCUUUUGAAGAUUUAAUGACGUUUGUAGAAGAAGAUGGACCCACUGACAGCAGUGCAGUGACCCAAGUGUACAUAGAAAGACUAGGAUCUCACUCAAAAGAUGACCAAAACCAAGUGGCCGAUUCGGGGUCAGAUACCAUCCCUCCUGGUAUGGAGAACUGUCAAAAUGAAAGUUCUCUUUCAACCAUCGAACAUGAAGGGUACAUACAUAAUACAAUAUCUGACGACCAGAUAUUGAUGACCUUAAACCCUGGAAAUGAGCGGAUGCCUAUCAACCCGUCACAUGCGAUCAUUACACUGGAGACACAAGAUCCAUACACUAAUGCCAAGGAGGUGAAGAGGUUUCAAUGUAACUUCCAAGACUGUUCAAGAACUUACAGUACACCUGGCAACCUGAAAACACAUCUGAAGACCCACCGAGGAGAAUAUACCUUUGUAUGUGACCAGCACGGCUGUGGGAAGGCCUUCCUCACCUCAUACAGUCUUAAAAUUCAUGUUCGAGUACAUACAAAAGAAAAACCUUAUGAGUGCGACAUCACUGGCUGUGAGAAGUCUUUCAACACACUUUACAGGUUACGUGCUCACAAACGUCUUCACUCCGGGAAUACUUUCAACUGUGAUGAGAGUGGAUGCACAAAGUACUUUACAACUUUGAGUGAUCUUCGUAAACACAUUCGUACACACACAGGAGAGAAACCUUAUGUGUGCAGUGAAACAGGCUGUCAAAAAGCUUUUGCUGCAAGUCACCAUCUAAAAACACAUACUCGAACUCAUUCAGGUGAGAAGCCAUACACAUGUUCCCAGGAGGGAUGUCACAAGUCUUUCACAACCAACUAUAGCCUCAAGUCUCACAAGAACAGACAUGACAAGGGCGGAGGACAGUCCGAUCCGUCAGGGACACACGAAGCAGCAGAGACACAUGACAGUGGAGGGUCCAUGACAGCUGAACAGCUCUUCAACACUAUCUAUGUGAAUCCUACAAGUACGGACCAUGUGAGCCUGGACGAGGCUGCUCUGCAACAGACAGAUGUUGUGCCAGGUUUACAAACAGUUCCUGUUCAAGAAAUACUGCAGCCAGUGAUUCCUGUAGUGGAUACUGGUGCAUCAGGAGCUGCCAUGCCCUCAGAGGGCAGUGGGUGUGUCCAGCAUGUUAUUCUCAACCAGUCAGCUAUACCCACCCUCUCAGAUGCAGCCACAGACUUCCUUCUUCCCAGCAGUCUCAGCAACUCCACACACACAGGCACACUUCCUGUCAGCAACCGCUUGCAAGGGGAAGUAACCCAGCCCCAGAACAUUGUCCCAGCCCCCACAACAGAUGCAGUGCAGCUCCAGAUUCAGACAGCUUCAGGCAGCACUGUUCCAGUCAGUCAGAUCUUUGUGCCAGUGGUUUCUAACACGGACAAGGGUCCAGUCAUAGAGCUUGUGCCACUUCAGAACAGCAUUUCAGUGAACGAUGAAAGCCGCACAUGAAAUGCCACAUAAACCCUAUGCUUCAAGAUUUUUACCUUUUUGUGGAAUUUAUGUGUUUGAUAAUUUUCAUGUUGUUUUGUCUUCACACCCCAGGACAAUGUGUGCAUAUUUCUAUGUGUCAGCUUGUUGCAGACGGCUGCCUGCUUUGUGCACUGUGUUUAAUACCUACUAUCUACUACACAUUCACAACUUGCCAAAUCUUAAGUUCAAAUUGAGCCAUUCACCAUAAACUGCCUUUGUCUUCAGGAUGCAUGGUUCCAUGUGUCACAAUACUGAUGGCAGAUAGAAGGUAUGUGAAUACAUCUAAAUGAAAACUUGCCUGAAAAGUAAAUGUUCUGGAAUAAUCUACUUACACAUUUCAUUUGCAAUAUUAUCUUUAUUCAUUAGCAGCCUGUUUUUUGGGUGUAAGUGUCCAUUACAUACCCUAACCACCAGAACCAACACCCAUCAACUUCCCCACCCAACAUCACCAGACACAUUACAGUCAGAUUUUCACUUAAAUAUGGCAACUUUCUGUGCGAAAAUCUAAGGACACCUCCAUAAGGAGUCACUUCAGGGGAGCUUUCUAAUCCGCCAAUCAGCCUCGAGGCUUCUAAAUUCUCAGUAUGAGUAAGCAAAAUAUUCAGACAUGCAUGUGUGAUUUCUGUAUCUGGAAAACAAAUAUAAUCAGGGUCUUCCAACUGCCAAAAAAUGAAAUGGCGCCAAUAUAUUGUGGUAGAUAUGUUAUACACCCUGUCCAAAUUGAGCUGGUAAAGGAAGGAAGUCGAAUCAUUUUGGAAAGCUGACAUCUGAUUGGCUCAAGAAACCGAUGCAUCAUCCAUUUAGAUCGGGCAGGCAAAGUUUGCUCAGGGUUCAUCUGAUGCAAUCUUUGAAGGUGUCCUCAGAUCUUAAUGCAGAGAGGUAUUGUAUUAGAGUGAAGGAUCUGAUUUUAGUGAGAUUGUAACACUACCACCCCUCAACAUCACCCCUUCAUCACCAUCAGUGAGUGAUGGCCCUCCAAGUCAAGCUGUACACACAGGCUGUGUCUUUCCCAACUGUUCCUUCUGUCCAUUCAUAGACAUAACAGUUGUCAUCCAUUUCUUUUUUUUCUAGUAACUAACUAACCAAGGACCUUGCUCCACUAGGACAUAUUAUAAAUGUGGCCUCCUUUUGGGUGUUUUGAAAUAAUGUGAUGUCUCAUAGCAAAUUCAAAUUCUAUAAUUAGCUUUACCAGGAUAUGAACUGAUUGAAGUUUGGUUCGCCAACAUUAAAAAUGAGGUUACCUUGGGGGUGGUCUCAUCUUCAAUGUAUUAUAAGUGCUUUUACCCGUACAUUUUUCUGUAACGUACUCAGAAGUUAUUGUACAGAUAAUAUCAAGAUAUAUUUACCUUUUUCAGAAAUAAUUAGCUUUGAAUUUAGGUCACUUGAAUUGGGUUUCCUUGUCUAUUGAAAAUUAAACUUGAGCCAUACACUCAUUAUUUGAUACAUAUUUUGACUCUACUUUUACAUAAUGCUUCUGUCUCAUACAUGAAAUACACUAGUGGCAACAACUACAACCAGACUACAUCGAAGGGCUGCAGCAGCCUACAACAAUGGCACUGGGCUACCUUAAUUUCAGCAGGCUACUAUGAGCUGUUGUUUACAAGAGUAUCACUAAAGACAGAAAGAGAGCUAAUGCUAAUAUAUGUAUUACACACAUGUUCACUGUGUGGAAAGAGGCAUGGGUUGUUUUACUGUGUUGUUAUGAUUUUUUAUUAUUGAAAUGUUUGUUGAUUUGUGUAACUAUCAUGGAUAAAGAGAUAUGUCUUGUUGUGUUUGAUAAAUGUGCUCCUGUAUUUUCUCUUUUCAUGAGACCACUAAUAAGCACUUGGUUGUGAAUAUAGCUAAUGUGGUGGCUCACUUAAAUAUUGAUAUUACUCCAAGCAAUAGCUUCCUUGGGGCUGUGGGGAGCAUGUGUAAGCAUAUUUCACUGUCUCUGUCAUUUCACCAAAAUGCCACAAGGAAAGGGUCCCCAUCCAAAAAAUACUAAUCAUCUGUCCAUGAGAUAUUAACCCAUGCCCCAAUCUUUCAGUUAUAAAGAAUAAAACAAUAUUGUUGGGACAACUACAAACAUAUCCUCACAGUGGAUAAGAAAGUCUGAGAAAACUGAUAUCAGUUCAUUUUAAGAGACCUCAUUUUUUAACUUAUCCUGCAUUCCUCCUUAAUGCAUUUAGUGCUUGCUUUUGAUGGCAAUGACGCUGUGAUUGGUUCUGCAGAAGAGAGAAAAAAAGGGUUGUUCCAUUCCAUCAACAGGGCCCCCCAUUCACCAGCUGCCAUGUCAUCCCGGAAGUGGUGACGUCCCGGGACUUUCAUAGGACUGAUAACAACUGCUGCUAAAUUGGUCCCACUUUUUUUUGCUGUUUUUGCUGUCUCCCGUGAUCUACAACUUGCCUUCAACCUAGUCCCUUCCCCCUGUGAACAGGUGUUUGGUUUGACAUCAUUUAUAUGCAAUAGUAUUUAUUAUUAGCACAUGAAGGCAACAGUUGUCACAGUAUUUCACAUGUGACAUCUUUUUCGUUCUGUAUUUCAUUGUCGGCUAGAUAUUAGCUUUGUGUGUAUAUACCUUUAGCCGUCUAUUGGCAUUUAUAAUGUAAAACAUGUAUCAUAGUACGCUAUAUAUCCAUUAUUUUGAAUUUUAAUCUUUGUUCUCUAUAAUUGGGUAUCAUACUUCUUGCAACUUUGCCAUAAAUUGGUUUAAUUUAUACAAGUUGCUGGCACUCUCAACUGUUUUCUUGCCUGUUACAGUGUAAUACUAUUCCUGGUUUACAACGUAUAUCCAUUAUUUAUAUAACAAUCAAGUUUGUUUUGUUUUCAAUAAUUGGAUGAUCGAUUCAUUAACAACUUCAACUUAAAUUGGUUUUCAAUUUAUACUUGCUCGUUGUACCAUUUGCUAUGGUAAAAAAAGUUGAAGUUCCUCACCUACGAUGCUUAAAUUCUACUCAACCUUGUACCUCAGGGCUAAUGUGUAAUAUUUUUUCACCACUUCCCCUCAAGUUAGAACGGGUAUCCGCAGGUAUUGUCCAAGCGCCAGGCUCAGCUAUCUCUCCGGUCACUUGAAGAAAAUGUUGGUCUCUCAGGAGUCUACCUGCUGACCUCCCCUGUCAUUACCACCCAGCCCACCACUGACACGGGCUGGGCGAUGUCCACACCCACAUGGACCUCCGACAUCCUACAGACACUUCAAGCUACCCAAGCGCAGAGCACUAUUGUAGCUUCUACAUUGGCGUCUAUGGCUCAAGUGCAGAGCACUAUUGUAGAUUCUACAUUGGCAUCUAUGGCUCACGCGCAGAGCACUAUUGUAGCUUCUACAUUGGCGUCUGUGGCUCAAGCGCAGAGCACUAUUGUAGCUUCUACAUUGGCGUCUAUGGCUCAAGCGCAGAGCACUAUUGUAGCUUCUACACUGGCGUCUGUGGCUCAAGCGCAGAGCACUAUUGUAGCUUCUACAUUGGCCUCUGUGGCUCAAGCGCAGAGCACUAUUGUAGCUUCUACAUUGGCGUCUUGGCUCAAGCGCAGAGCACUAUUGUAGCUUCUACAUUGGCGUCUUGGCUCAAGCGCAGAGCACUAUUGUAGCUUCUACAUUGGCGUCUUGGCUCAAGCGCAGAGCACUAUUGUAGCUCCUACAUUGGCGUCUAUGGCUCAAGCGCAGAGCACUAUUGUAGCUUCUACAUUGGCGUCUAUGGCUCAAGCACAGAGCACUAUUGUAGCUUCUACACUGGCGUCUAUGGCUCAAGCGCAGAGCACUAUUGUAGCUUCUACACUGGCGUCUAUGGCUCAAGUGCAGAGCACUAUUGUAGCUUCUACAUUGGCAUCUAUGGCUCAAGCUCAGAGCACUAUUGUAGCUUCUACAUUGGCGUCUGUGGCUCAAGUGCAGAGCACUAUUGUAGCUUCUACAUUGGCGUCUGUGGCUCAAGUGCAGAGCACUAUUGUAGCUUCUACAUAGGCAUCUUGGCUCAAGCGCAGAGCACUAUUGUAGCUUCUACAUUGGUGUCUUGGCUCAAGCGCAGAGCACUAAUGUAGCUUCUACAUUGGCGUCUUGGCUCAAGCGCAGAGCACUAUUGUAGCUUCUACAUUGGCGUCUAUGGCUCAAGCGCAGAGCACUAUUGUAGCUUCUACAU